UCGGGGUUGGACUCAUUUUUUGGGAUAUACUAAGAUUCAUAAAUGCGCCAGUGGACAUAACACCGCGGAGCUCUGACUGACGCGGUGGGCUCUGUCUGUGUGUGCCUGGCGUCGGAUCCUCCCAAAUACACCCACAUCCACGUUCACACUCCCCGCGAGCACAGAGCUGCCGCUCCGCCGGUUCUUCGGCGACUUUCACCCCUGAGGACCUGCAUGUCUAACCUUUAGACAUGUUCAGAUUAGUGGAUUCACGGACUCUCCUGCUAUUUGUAGCAACGCAUUGCGUUUUGCUAUCCCUUGUAAGAUGCCAACAAGAAGAUGACCAGGAAGACUUUGGGGGCUGCAUCCAAGAUGGCCAGCAGUAUGCAGACCGUGCAGUAUGGAAACCAGAAGCAUGCCGCAUCUGUGUGUGUGAUGCAGGGGCAGUGCUAUGUGAUGAGGUCAUCUGUGAGGACCUGAGAGACUGUGCCAAUCCCAUCAUUCCACCUGGAGAGUGCUGUCCCAUCUGCCCAGCUGACUCCGACGAACCUAUCGCAGGGUCACUUGGUGCAAAGGGACAGAAAGGAGAACCAGGCGAUAUUGCAGAUGUUGUAGGACCAAGAGGACCUGCUGGCCCAAUGGGACCCUCAGGAGAGCAGGGAGCACGUGGCGAGAGAGGACCUAAGGGUGAGAAGGGAGGUCCCGGACCAAGAGGGAGAGAUGGUGAGCCUGGUACACCUGGAAACCCAGGACCCCCUGGACCACCAGGACCUAAUGGUCCCCCUGGACUUGGAGGAAACUUUGCUGCUCAGAUGGCUGGUGGUUUUGAUGAGAAGGCAGGAGGUGCUCAGAUGGGUGUGAUGCAGGGACCAAUGGGUCCAAUGGGUCCCCGUGGUCCUCCCGGCCCCUCUGGAGCACCUGGCCCACAAGGUUUCCAAGGCAACCCUGGAGAGGCUGGUGAACCCGGCCCUGCUGGUCCCCUUGGACCCCGUGGCCCACCUGGGCCCCCUGGAAAACCUGGAAGUGAUGGUGAGGCUGGCAAACCUGGUAAGGCUGGUGAGCGUGGACCCCCAGGGCCUCAGGGAGCCCGUGGAUUCCCCGGAACCCCUGGCCUACCUGGCAUCAAAGGACACAGAGGACACCCAGGUCUGGAUGGAGCUAAAGGAGAGGCUGGUGCUGCAGGUGCUAAGGGUGAAGCUGGUGCUAAUGGUGAGAACGGUGCUCCUGGACCAAUGGGUCCACGUGGUCUGCCCGGUGAGAGAGGUCGUCCUGGGCCUCCUGGUGCUGCUGGUGCCCGUGGUAAUGAUGGUCUGCCUGGUCCUGCUGGUCCUCCUGGCCCUGUUGGUCCUGCUGGUGCUCCAGGUUUCCCAGGAUCCCCUGGUGCUAAGGGUGAAGCUGGUCCCACUGGAGCUCGUGGACCUGAGGGUGCACAAGGACCCCGUGGAGAGGCCGGUACACCUGGAUCACCUGGACCCGCCGGUGCAUCUGGUAACCCUGGUACUGAUGGUAUUCCUGGUGCCAAAGGAUCUGCUGGUGGUCCUGGCAUCGCUGGUGCACCUGGUUUCCCAGGACCCCGUGGCCCGCCAGGACCUCAGGGAGCUACUGGACCACUUGGGCCUAAAGGACAAUCUGGAGACCCUGGUAUCCCAGGAUUUAAAGGCGAGGCUGGACCCAAGGGAGAGCGUGGUGUUGCAGGACCUCAGGGUGCCCCUGGGCCAUCUGGAGAGGAAGGCAAGAGAGGACCAAGAGGAGAGCCUGGUUCUGCCGGACCAAAUGGACCUCCUGGAGAAAGAGGAGCUCCAGGUAACCGUGGAUUCCCUGGUCAGGAUGGUCUAGCUGGAGCAAAGGGUGCACCUGGUGAUCGUGGUGUUCCAGGUUUGACUGGCCCGAAAGGAACAACUGGAGAUCCUGGUCGCACAGGAGAGCCCGGUCUUCCUGGAGCCAGAGGUCUCACUGGACGCCCUGGUGAUGCUGGACCUCAAGGAAAAGUUGGACCAUCUGGUGCCCCUGGUGAAGAUGGACGCCCUGGUCCUCCUGGGCCUCUGGGAGCUCGUGGUCAGCCUGGAGUGAUGGGAUUCCCUGGACCUAAGGGAGCCAAUGGUGAACCUGGAAAAUCUGGAGAGAAAGGACUUGUUGGGCGCCCUGGUCUUAGAGGUUUGUCUGGUAAAGAUGGAGAGACUGGAGCUGCUGGUCCACCUGGCCCUGCUGGUGUAGCUGGUGAGAGAGGAGAGCAGGGUCAGCCUGGUCCAUCUGGCUUCCAGGGUCUUCCAGGACCUACUGGAUCCCCUGGAGAGCCUGGUAAACCUGGUGACCAGGGUGUUUCUGGAGAGGGUGGUGCUGCUGGUCCCACUGGACCAAGAGGUGAACGUGGUUUCCCUGGUGAGAGAGGAAGCGCUGGCUCUCAGGGUCUCCAGGGACCAAGAGGACUUCCAGGAACUCCCGGAACUGAUGGACCUAAGGGUGCAAUUGGACCGGCUGGCGCUCCAGGAGCUCAGGGCACUUCUGGCCUGCAGGGCAUGCCUGGUGAGAGAGGAGCUGUUGGAAUCCCUGGAGCUAAAGGUGACAGAGGUGACACCGGAGAGAAAGGACCUGAAGGUGCUUCUGGCAAAGAUGGUGGAAGAGGUUUAACUGGUCCAAUUGGUCCACCUGGUCCUUCUGGUCCCAAUGGCGCUAAGGGUGAAACUGGUCCCAUUGGCUCAAUUGGUGCUCCUGGUGCUCGUGGUGCCCCUGGUGAUCGUGGUGAGAUUGGUGCACCCGGACCUGCUGGCUUUGCUGGACCUCCUGGUGCUGAUGGCCAGCCUGGAAUUAAGGGAGAGCAUGGUGAAGCAGGACAGAAAGGUGAGGCUGGAUCCCUUGGACCCCAAGGACCAUCAGGAGCACCCGGCCCAGUGGGCCCAACUGGUGUUACAGGACUUAAGGGAGCACGUGGAGCCCAAGGAGCUCCUGGUGCCACUGGUUUCCCAGGUGCUGCAGGAAGAGUCGGAUCACCUGGCCCCAAUGGUAAUCCUGGUACUGCUGGCCCUGCAGGUCCUGCUGGUAAAGAUGGUCCUAAGGGAGUUCGUGGUGAUGCCGGUCUCUCAGGCAGACCAGGAGAUGCUGGACUGCGUGGACCACUUGGUGCUCCUGGAGAGAAGGGAGAGGCUGGAGAGGAUGGUCCUCCUGGUCCUGAUGGUCCUGCCGGCCCUUCUGGUCUUUCUGGUCAGCGUGGUAUUGUUGGUUUGCCUGGUCAGCGUGGUGAAAGAGGUUUCCCAGGACUUGCAGGACCCUCUGGCGAGCCUGGUAAACAGGGAGCUUCUGGCUCUGCUGGUGACCGUGGACCUCCUGGCCCUGUUGGACCUCCUGGAUUAACUGGACCUGCUGGAGAGACUGGACGUGAGGGUAAUCCUGGAUCUGAUGGUCCACCUGGUAGAGAUGGUGCUCCUGGUGUGAAGGGUGAGCGUGGUAACACUGGCCCGAUUGGUGCUCCUGGAGCUCCUGGUGCACCUGGUGCCCCUGGUCCCAUUGGUCCAAUUGGCAAACAAGGAGACAGAGGAGAGAAUGGCCCACAAGGACCUGCUGGACCCCCUGGACUCGCUGGAGCUAGAGGCAUGGUUGGACCCCAAGGACCUCGUGGUGAUAAGGGUGAAGCAGGAGAAGCUGGAGAAAGAGGUCAGAAGGGACACAGAGGAUUCACCGGUCUGCAGGGUCUGCCUGGACCUCCUGGCUCUCCUGGAGACCAGGGUACUGCUGGACCUUCUGGACCAAGUGGUGCUAAAGGACUUGCAGGACCUGUUGGACCAGCUGGUAAGGACGGUACUAAUGGUCAGCCUGGACCCAUUGGACCAUCUGGACCUCGUGGACGCUCUGGAGAGUCUGGCCCAAUUGGUCCACCUGGUAACCCUGGACCCCCUGGUCCUCCUGGUCCCCCUGGCCCUGGCAUUGACAUGUCUGCCUUCGCUGGGUUGUCUCAGCCUGAGAAGGGACCCGAUCCUCUGCGUUACAUGCGUGCCGACGAGGCCUCCAGCUCUCUUAGACAACAUGAUGUGGAGGUGGACGCAACAAUGAAGUCAAUCAACAGCCAGAUCGAGGUCAUCCGCAGCCCAGAUGGCUCCCGCAAGAACCCUGCACGGUCCUGCAGAGACCUGAAACUCUGCCAUCCUGAAUGGAAGAGCGGUGACUACUGGGUGGAUCCUAACCUUGGUAGCAGUGCUGAUGCCAUCAAAGUUUUCUGCAGCAUGGAGACCGGAGAGACCUGUGUGAAGCCCAGCACUCCCAAAAUCCCACGCAAGAACUGGUGGAGCAGCAAGAGCAAGGCACAGAAGCACGUGUGGUUUGGAGAGAGCAUGAACGGUGGAUUCCACUUCAGCUAUGCUGAUAGCAGCCAGACUCCUAGUACUACCAGCAUCCAGCUGAACUUCCUUAGACUGCUGUCUACUGAGGCCACUCAGACCAUCACUUACCACUGCAAGAACAGCGUUGCUUACAUGGACCAAGCCACAGGCAACCUGAAGAAGGCCAUUCUGCUGCAGGGCUCCAAUGAUGUGGAGAUCAGAGCAGAGGGCAACAGCCGCUUUACAUAUGGAGUACUUGAGGAUGGCUGCAAGAAGCACACAGGUCAGUGGGCCAAGACUGUGAUUGAGUACAAAACUCAGAAGACAUCCAGGCUGCCCAUCGUGGACAUUGCUCCCAUGGACAUCGGAGGAGCAGAUCAGGAGUUUGGAGUGGACAUUGGUGCAGUCUGCUUCUUGUAAAAAA